GGCCCGUAGAGUGCGGAGAGGGACCUCACACUCUUAGGCUGAUCUUCGAAGCUCGGACAAGAGCUCGCACGCCUGCGCCGUCGGGAGAGGGGUCGGGCCCACGUGACCUCACGCGGUCACAUGGCUCUUCAGACAACAUGGCUGCGCCCGGAUCGGGGCUGACUCGGCCACGCCGGGUGCCGCCGCCUCUGCUCCCGCUGCUGCUGCUGGUGAUCCUUGGGGCGCUGGGGACGGCCCAGGGCCUAGGCUCGGAGGCCGGACCUGCCGCAGGCGAUGGGGCCCACGCGGCGGGGACGUGCGGCUGCGGCACUCCCCAGCGUCCCGGAUCGGCGGCACACAGAUACUCUCGGGAAGCGAAUGUGGCGGAGCGGGCCUCCUCCGAGCGACCGGUGCUGCCCCUGCAGAUGGCCCACAUCCCUGCGGGUAUAUUUACAAUGGGCACAGAUGAUCCUCAAAUAAAGCAGGAUGGGGAAGGACCUGCCAGAAGGGUCCGAAUUAACUCCUUUUACAUGGAUUUGUAUGAAGUCAGUAAUGCUGAAUUUGAGAAAUUUGUGAACUCCACUGGCUAUGUGACAGAGGCAGAGAAAUUUGGUGAUUCCUUUGUCUUCGACAGCAUGUUGAGUGAUCAGGUGAAGAACAACAUUCACCAGGCAGUUGCAGCUGCUCCGUGGUGGUUGCCUGUUAAAGGAGCUAAUUGGAGACAUCCAGAAGGCCCGGAUUCUACUAUUCUGCACAGACAGGAUCACCCAGUUCUUCACGUCUCCUGGAAUGAUGCGGUUGCGUACUGCACUUGGGCUGGAAAACGCUUACCCACAGAAGCCGAAUGGGAAUAUAGCUGCAGAGGGGGCCUUGAGAAUAGACUUUACCCCUGGGGCAACAAGUUGCAGCCAAGAGGUCAACAUUAUGCCAACCUUUGGCAGGGAGAGUUCCCUGUGAGCAACACUGGAGAAGACGGCUACCGAGGAACGGCGCCUGUUACUGCCUUUCCUCCAAAUGGGUAUGGUCUGUACAACAUAGUCGGGAAUGCAUGGGAGUGGACCUCAGAUUGGUGGACUAUUCAUCAUUCUGUUGAUGCAACCCAUGAUCCUAAAGGGCCUCCCUCUGGGAAUGACCGGGUGAAGAAAGGAGGAUCAUACAUGUGCCAUAAGUCCUAUUGUUAUAGGUACCGAUGUGCUGCCCGCAGCCAGAAUACACCAGACAGCUCCUCUUCGAACCUUGGGUUCCGCUGUGCCAGCAGCCGUCUCCCAGAUACAUGAUAAAAGCCAAGUUGGGGAGGAGGCCUCCAGUUCCAACCAGCAGAAGGAUGAUGUCCAGCCUGAACUGGGCUUCCUGGAAAGCUUUGAAGUGGCCAAUCUCUUAUCAAAGGAAAUGCCCAACUUUUGACAGUUUCUGCAUCCACUGAGCUGCCAGCCAAAGGACCCUCCCUUCCCUGCGAGAUUCAAUCACUGACACAGAGUGUUAGUAGCCAGUGUUUUAUUAUUGUGGUGUGUCUUUGGAGAGAGCUGCAAUUUUAUUGUUAUUUUGGGGGUGGUCUUUAAAGAGCAAACGUAAUUUCCGAACAACAAUCUAUGACAGAUUUAUUUUUUAGCUAAGAUGUUUUUACAUGUGUGAGUCUUGUGGGAUAUUAAUCAUGUAAACAAGAGUUGUCUUAUGUCAGGCUUCAUGCAGUGGGAGGCAGGACAUAGUACUUUGUAUUCAUUGGCACUUUUUUUCUUCUUCAAGGAAAUCCAAGGAUAGCAUAUUAUGAUUGGAAGAAUGGGACAGUGAGACUCGGGAUAGCUCACUGUCCUGAAUGCCUGGGGAGGGGUGAUGUAGUGCUAUGUCUUUUAAACAUUAAGUGCCUUUAGUUUGAAGGGGCAGCUAUGUACUAAAGCCCCAUUUUUCCUUUUGCCAGUCUUUGGUGAAUGUGACAUUUGAGGUCUGUAGUCAGUCCUUAUUCAUUCUAAAUAUGGGAAUGUUGGUGAAUGGCCUUGAAUGGACCAAGUUCGGAUGGUCCAGAAUUCUUAAUCAAAGAAUAAUAGGACAUUUAGUAGGCUUUGGAAUAACAGAUGCUUUGAAUUGUGCACUAUUUUGAAUAAAUCAUUGUAGGCUAAA